CACCACAAACAGAGAGCACGGAAGAACAAGAAUUUUCGAAAAAUAAUCAAGAUUUAAUUUACUUCAAAUAUAAAAGUUCAUGAAAGUAGUGCUUCACAGUAGCUGCAAUUAAUUUUUAUGAAUAUCAUAUAAUCGUUAUACAGUAUAUAAAAAGAUAUUUCUAGUAUUUUUUUAAACAUAUUCUUGUAAAAUAAUGACGACCAAUGAUAGUGAUACGAACAAACAUUUUUACGAUUUAUUCACUUUAAAUUUUUCCAAUCCAUUCAAGUACACUUUAAAUAAUAACUUGCAAAGGGAAAAAGCAUCUGAUGUGAUUGAUGAAUUUGAGGAAUAUUUAAAAGGUAUAUCUGGAAAAUGCCUUGAUAUUGGUUGUGGACCUGGAGAUAUAACAAAAGACAUAAUUUUGCCGGCUCUUGAUCCAAAUGCAGUAGUAAUUGGUAUAGAUAUUUCAAAAAACAUGAUUGAUUAUGCGAAUAAAAAAUACAGUGUACCGAAAAAACUCGAAUAUGACGUUUUAGAUAUACAAAUUAAGAAUUUGCCUACAAAAUACAUAUCUGAAUUUGAUUUUAUAUUUUCAUUCAAUUCUUUACACUGGUGCAAUGACAUGAAACAGACAUUUGAGAAUAUUUAUCGCAUGCUUCGACCCAAUGGAACUAUGCUUAUACUUUUUGUAGCAUCUCAUAAUAUAUUUAAAGUCCUUGAAAAAUUGACAAAUGAUGCUCGCUUUACACAAUACAUAACAGAUUUAAAUAAACGCACGUGGCCAUUUCAAAAUGGCGCGUCCUCGAAAUUCCAAGUCGAUCCUGACGAAGCCGGCUGCAACGAAGGCAGCAAUCUCUCCGUGUCGCUCGACCCGUUGCCGCAGUUUGCCGAACAACGAAGAUUGGCUGGUUCGAGCAAAUUUAGCGGGGGUCAAAUUUGCAUAUUGUGGACUUAG